AAAUAAAUGAAGAAAUUGAUGUGGAAGAAGUGAAAAUUAAACAAGAAGAGAUAAAUGAAAAUGACAAUGUUGUUGAUGAUUUGGAGCGGAGCCCAGAGCAAUUGAUAGGAGUUAACGAUGAUAUUUUGGACGACAAAUCAUGGGUUGUUGCGUUUAUGAAGCGGGAAAUGGAAGGUGUUUUAGAAGAGAAUUUGAACUUCAAUGGUAAUGAAGGUGCAAACCAGAAUUCUGUUGAAAAAGAGACUCCUGCUUCUGAUGAAGUUGUAAAAUCUCUCAAGCAUAUGGAUGACAUUUCAAGAGUGCAAGAAGGUGGCGAUAACGAGGGAAACAUUGACAAUGUCUUGAAAUCACCUGUGCACAUGGAUAAUUGUUCUAGAGUUCAGGAAAGUGGUGAUAAGGAAGGGAAGGGUGCAAAUGGUGUGAAAAACGACGACUACAAUGAAGAUAACAAUGCCAUCCAAUCACCUGGACACAUGAAUGACUUUUACAGAGUCCAAGAAGGUGGUGAUGGGGAAGGAAAGAGUGCAGAUGAAAGGGAGGGAAAAGAUAAUGUAAAAAAUGCAGAACACAGCAAAGGUAAGAAUGUUAUGAAAUCACCAGGGCAUCUGGAUGACUUUCUUAGAGUCCGAGAGGGUGGUGAUGAGGAAGAGAAAAGAGUGGAUGAUGUGGAAGAUGAUGAAGAUAACAAUGUCAUUAAAUCACCUGCACAUAUGGAUGACAUUUCUGGAGUUCAAGAAGGCAGUGCUGAGGAAGGAAAGACCGUGUGUGAAAGGGAGAGCAUAGAUGGUGUUAAAGAUAACAAAGGCUACAAAGUUAACAAUUUCAUGAAAUCACCAGGGCAUGCAGAUGAAUUUAUUGGAGUCCAAGAUGAUGGUGAUGAGGAAAUGAAGAGUGCAGAUGACAGGGAAGAUAAUGGAGAUGGUGAAGAUAACGAAGUCAUGGAAUCACUUGGGUAUUUGGAUGACUUUUCUAGAGUUCAAGAAGUAAUUAAUGAGGAUGGAAAGAGCGCAUGCGAAACGGAGAGCAUAGCUUGUGCAAAAGAUAAUGAAGUUAACAAUGGCAUGAAAUCACCAGGGCCUGCGGGUGAAUUUAUUGGAGACCAAGAUGAUGGUGAUGAAGAACUGAGGAGUGCAGAUGAUAUGGAAGAUGAUGGAGAUGGUGAAGACAACAACCUCAUGGAAUCACUUGGACAUUCAGAUGACUGUACUGAUGUCCAAGAAGGUUGUGAUGAAGAAGGGGACAUUGCAGAUGAUGUGGAAGAUAAUGAGGACAGUGAUGAUACCGAUGAGGUUGAAGAUCCUUCUCUAACCAGCUCAGGGAAACAAAGGCAACUAGAAAUCCAUGUUGGUCACCCUUGCUGUCCCUCUUUCGCUUUCUCCCUAUCCCUUGUUUUCUUUUCAUUUUUCCUUUUUUUUCCCUUUGAGUUGAAACACAGAUGA